AUGGACCAGCUCACGACCCUGAAGCAGGAGCAGGCGAGCGACCUGCAGGCGAUGGCCAAGCAGAAGGCCGCCCUCGACGCGCAGCAGCAGAUGCAGCUCAAGUACCUUUCCAACCAGAUUGCGUCCCUCAAGGCGUUCAACAAGGCACAACAGCAAAAACUUGCCGCCCAGCGCGCGGCGCCGGGGCUCAGCCCCAAGCAGGUGGCCGCGUUCAAGCAGCAGGAGGCCGCCAUGAUCAAGCAGCAGACCUCGCAGCUCGCCGCGCUGACGGGGCAGAAGGCGCAGCUGGAGGUGCAGCAGGCGACGCAGCGCGCGGCGCUCGACGGGCAGCUGCAGCAGCUGCAGGCGCAGCAGGCGGCGGAGCUGCUGCAGCUCAACGGGCAGAUCCAGCAGCUGAGGAUCCAGCAGACCGGCACCGCCGCCCCCGACGCCGCGGCAGACCUCGGCCGGCGGCUGAUGAUGCACGCGCAGCUGCAGCCCGCCAUAGCGGGGCCUGCGAAGGGCCUGGCCCUGCCCCAGGGCGUGGCGCCAGGGACGCCGGCCGUGGUGCCGGCCGGCGUCCCGGCCGCCCCCAAGGGCGUGCUGCCGCAGCUCCUCCCGCUGAGGCAGGGGUCCGCGGCCCCCAGCGCGGCAGGCGCCGCCCCAACCGCGGCGGCUGCGCGCGGCGCCGUUGGGCUGGCCGGCCUCCUUCCCGUGGUGCAGCCCGCACCUGCCAACGCCAGCGCCGCGCCCGCCGCCGCUGGCCUGCCGACAGGGCCCGCCGCACGGCCGUCCUCGUUCGCGGAUUCGGGCUGCGCCACUGUGUCUGCGGUCACGCGGCCCGGCAAGGCGGUCUUCCCGCCGCCGGGCGCGAAGCGCCUCGUGCCUGAGGGUAUCAACGGCACCGUCGUGGUGACUAACAAGGGCCCCUUCACGCUGUCCUUUGAGCGCGUCGGCGUGCGGCUGUGCAGGCGCCUGGCGGAGCACAUAAGGGUGGAGGCCGUCUGCCCCUCCAUGGACGUGCCGGCCGGCGCGAGGGUGGUCUGCAAGUGGAACAUCCCGCUGCCGGCGCGGUCCCAGCCCAAUGACUGGACUGGCGUGGUCAGCGGCGUGGUGCUGUCUCUGGGCGACCGCUGCGCCAGCGCCACGGUCGCGCCCUUCAACGGCGCAAACGAGGGCACCUGCACCCCGGAGUGA